GCGGAAGGGGCCCGCGAGUGGGGAAGAGAUGGGGGUCGGCAGCGCCUGCGGAGACCCCGGCAGGGCAGGGCAGGGCGAUGGGGAGCGCUGAGGUUGCUGGGUGGCGACCCCGAGGGAGGGGAGCGGCAGGUGGAGGUGGUCAGGCAGGGCUGGGGGCAGCCCGAGGCUUGGUAGUCCGCGCCGUUUGAAAGCAACAGUUGAGAGCCGCAGCCGCCGCAGCCGCCGCCGCAGCCGCCGCCUCGGCUCCCUCCCAGCCCGGCCUGACGCGGCGUCGCGCCCCCCGGGAGCUACGCGAGGCCGGCGGUCGCGCCGGCUCUGCUCAGCCGCGUCUGGCACUCUGGGGCUGGCCGGCGAGCGCCCGAGGCUGGGAGAAGCGCGGUGAGGCGCUGGCCCCAGCAUGUCGCUGCCUCCGGAGAAAGCCUCGGAGCUGAAGCAGCUCAUCCACCAGCAGCUGAGCAAGAUGGAUGUCCAUGGCAGAAUAAGAGAAAUCCUUGCUGAGACAAUACGGGAAGAAUUGGCACCUGAUCAACAACAGUUAUCAACUGAAGAUUUGAUCAAAGCCCUUAGACGUCGGGGAAUCAUUGAUGAUGUGAUGAAAGAACUUAAUUUUGUUACUGACAGUGUUGAUCAAGAACUCCCUUCCUCUCCAAAACAACCUGUUUGUUUCACUGAUAGACAAUCAACCUUGUUAAAAAAAACUAAUAUUGAUCCAACACGGAGGUAUCUUUACCUUCAGGUUUUGGGUGGAAAAGCUUUCUUGGAACAUCUACAAGAACCUGAGCCUUUACCGGGACAAGUUUGUUCAACCUUUACUUUAUGUUUACAUUUUCGAAACCAACGUUUUCGUUCUAAACCUGUUCCAUGUGCCUGUGAACCAGAUUUUCAUGAUGGCUUUUUACUUGAAGUACACAGAGAAAGCUUGGGUGAUGGAACUAGAAUGGCUGAUUCAACAACAAUGUUAUCAAUAAGCGAUCCAGUUCAUAUGGUGCUAAUCAAAACAGACAUAUUUGGUGAGACUACUUUAGUAGCAUCCUAUUUUCUUGAAUGGCGAUCAGUUUUGGGCUCAGAAAAUGGAGUGACCAGUCUUACUGUGGAACUUAUGGGUGUAGGCACAGAAUCAAAAGUUUCUGUGGGAAUUUUAAAUAUAAAACUUGAGAUGUACCCACCACUCAAUCAAACAUUAUCUCAAGAAGUAGUGAACACACAGCUUGCUUUGGAACGUCAGAAAACUGCAGAGAAAGAACGAUUAUUUCUUGUAUAUGCUAAGCAGUGGUGGAGAGAAUAUUUGCAGAUUCGACCCUCACACAACUCCCGGCUGGUUAAGAUUUUUGCACAGGAUGAAAAUGGGAUAAAUAGACCAGUCUGUUCCUAUAUUAAACCACUUCGAGCUGGGAGGCUUUUGGAUACUCCAAGGCAAGCAGCAAGAUUUGUUAAUGUCCUUGGUUAUGAAAGAGCCCCGGUUAUUGGAGGAGGAGGUAAACAGGAACAGUGGUGCACUCUGCUGGCCUUUCUCUGUAGAAACAAGGGUGACUGUGAAGAUCAUGCUAAUCUUCUGUGCAGUCUUCUUCUUGGAUAUGGAUUAGAAGCCUUUGUGUGUGUUGGGACUAAGGCAAAAGGAAUACCUCAUGCAUGGGUUAUGACCUGUGGAACUGAUGGAACUGUCACUUUUUGGGAGAGUUUAACGGGACACAGGUAUAUCCACAAACCUGUCAAUCCUGAUGAAUCUCCAGUUGCUGAACAGCCCAAGCCAUUGUACCCAUAUCGAACAAUUGGUUGUGUUUUCAAUCAUCAGAUGUUCCUGGGAAAUUGUCAGCCCUCUGACUCAGUAGAAAUAUGUGUGUUUGAUUUGAAUGAUGAAUCCAAAUGGAAACCCAUGAGUGAAGAAGCAAUCAAAUCUGUGUGUGCCCCAGGAGCUACAACAUCCCUUCCUCCCUUUCCCCCUCUAUGUGCAUCUACAAUUGAUGCUUCAGUAACAAGUAAUGAAAUAGAAAUGCAGCUAAGGCUACUAGUGUCAGAACACAGAAAGGAUCUUGGUCUCACCACUGUUUGGGAAGACCAGCUUUCCUAUCUCUUAUCACCAGCUUUGGCUUCUUAUGAAUUUGAGCGUACAACAAGUAUAUCUGCAGGCAAUGAAGAAUUUCAAGAUGCCAUAAGGAGGGCUGUACCUGAUGGUCACACAUUUAAAGGGUUCCCAAUACAUUUUGUAUAUAGAAAUGCAAGGCGUGCAUUUGCCACAUGUCUUCGGUCUCCUUUCUGUGAAGAAAUAAUCUGUUGCCGUGGAGACCAGGUGCGACUGGCAGUUCGUGUCCGAGUGUUUACUUACCCUGAAUCUGCAUGUGCUGUUUGGAUCAUGUUUGCUUGUAAAUAUCGCUCAGUAUUAUAGGACUAACAUUUCUGUAAGAAUAUACCUGUGUUUUAUUGGAAUUUUACACAUUGUACAUUACUAGCUGUUUAGAGGUUCAUUAUUUUAAAAAUCACAUUCUGGCUUGGAUGUCAUAUUUUACUAUUGUAUAUACCUGACUGAAAAUGUUUGAAAAAAAUCAUGUAUGUAUUUAAAAAUUAAGAAUGAAAAACUUGUAUAAAUCUGAGUGGAAUUUAGUAUAAAUUAAGUGUUUAUUUUAUUUUAAUAAAUGCUACUUUGUUUACAGGUAUUCAGUAGUUUAAAUAUGAAUAUAAAAUUUACCCAGUUUUCUUUGCAUUAACAGGCAAUCAGAGAGAUACUUAUUU